AAAACCGCUGCUCGUCUGAGCCGCUUGAGUCCCUCGAUUUAUAAAAAUAAAAACACGUUAUUGUGUCUGGCUCUGAGGAUUUAAAACCUUGUUUUGCUUUAAAACCCUCAGCUGUGUGAGGACAUGAAAACAGAAACGUCCACGGCUGGAGGGACGUCAGAAGUCCGUGUGAAGAAAGAGGAGACCCUGGAGCUGAAUAUCUACAACUAUGGAGACGAUCUCGACAACCCACCUGAAGGUGUCUCUGUUAAAGUUGAAGAUCCUGACAAUAAAGACUACCUCUACUGUGAAGUUUGCAAAUCCUUCUUCCUCAACAAUUGUGAGGUUCAUGGACCACCCCUCUUCAUCCCCGAUACUCCUGUUCCCAUGGGAGUCCCUGACCGAGCCAGACAAACUCUUCCUCCUGGGCUAGAAAUCCAGAAGUCCAGUAUUCCUGAUGCAGGCCUGGGAGUGUUUAAUAAGGGGGAGACUGUUCCAGUAGGUGCACACUUUGGACCCUGCCAGGGAGAGCUGGUGAACCGAGAGGAAGCCAGGAACAGUGGAGACUCCUCGGUUGUAUACAGAAGCAUGCAGUGUGAAGAAUACAUCGAUGCCAAAAGAGAGACGCAUGUGAAUUGGAUGAGGUAUGUGAAUUGUGCCCGUAAUGAUGAUGAACAGAAUCUUGUGGCAUUUCAGUAUCGAGGGGCGAUUCUGUAUCGUUGCUGUCGACCCAUUAACCCAGGACAGGAGCUCUUGGUGUGGUAUGAAGAGGAGUACAUCAAAGAACUCAGUCCUGCACCUACAGGAACAACCAGACAGCAAGAAAUAAAGAACGCUCUGCUGCAAGUCUUUUCCUGCUCCACAUGCCCUCGUUCUUAUGCAUCUCAAAUUUACCUCAACAAACACAUCCAGAGAUGCCACUAUGAAGAGUAUGUGAGACUGCGAGAAUCAGGAGAGAUUAAAUAUGAACUUCAGAUCCCCUCUGAAGACUCCAGUAGUCAGCCAACAUCAUCUGAUCCUCUCAGUUCUGACCCUUCUCAUAAUGAUACACAGAAGGAAAUUCACCACUGCUCAGACUGUGGAAAGAGUUUUGGUCAUCAGAAUGCACUCAAGACACACCAGUGCAGUCACACAGGAGAGAAGCCGUAUCACUGCCCACAGUGUGGGAAGAGUUUUACUCGUCAUAGUCAUCUCCAAAUCCAUCAGCGUAUUCACACAGGAGAGAAGCCGUAUCACUGCACACAGUGUGGAAAGAGUUUUAGUCAUCAGAGUAAUCUCCAACAACACCAGCGCAUUCACACAGAAGAAAAGCCAUAUCACUGCUCACAGUGUGGGAAGAGUUUUACUCAGCAGAGCAAUCUCCAAAAACACCAGCACAUUCACACAGGAGAAAAGCCGUUUCACUGCUUGCAGUGUGGGAAGAGUUUUACUCAUCAGAGUGAUCUCCAACAACACCAGCGCAUUCACACAGGAGAGAAGCCGUAUCACUGCACACAGUGUGGAAAGAGUUUUAGUCAUCAGAGUCAUCUCCAACAACACCAGCGCAUUCACACAGGAGAGAAGCCGUAUCACUGCACGCAGUGUGGAAAGAGUUUUACUCAGCAGAGUAAUCUCCAAAAACACCAGCGCAUUCACACAGGAGAGAAGCCGUAUCACUGCACACAGUGUGGGAAGAGUUUUACUCAGCAGAGUGAUCUCCAAAAACACCAGCGCAUUCACACAGGAGAGAAGCCGUAUCACUGCUCACAGUGUGGGAAGAGUUUUACUCAGCAGAGUGAUCUCCAACGACACCAGCGCAUUCACACAGGAGAAAAGCCGUAUCACUGCUCACAGUGUGGGAAGAGUUUUACUCAUCGGAGUAAUCUCCAACAACACCAGCGCAUUCACACAGGAAAGAAGCCAUAUAACUGCACUCAGCGUGGAAAGAGUUGUACUCCGCAGAGUGCUCUCCAAUGACACCAGCGUAUUCACACAGAAGAGAAACCGUAUCACUGCUCACAGUGUGGGAAGAGUUUUACUCAUCGGAGUAAUCUCUAAUGACACCAGCGCAUUCACACAGGAGAGAAGCCGUAUCACUGAUCGCAGUGUGGAAAGAUGUUUACUUAUUCAGUUACAUUUAAAAUCUACAAGUGCACUAACUUGGAGACAUUGCAUGAUUAAAUUUGUCAAAUUAAAUAUCGUUGUUAUUAUUCCAGUUUUGGCUGAA